UUGCCUCUCUUUAAAUCCUUCAUUGAUUACUUCUAUCUAUGAACAAAAUCUUGAGAUUUUGUUACAGUUCAAAUACUAGGGCAAGGGAAGAAGAAGAAAUAGAAAGUGGUGAUUUGAUUGAAGAGAAGAAGAAGAGUGAUAAUAUGGUGUUGAAAUUCAAGGAAACAUUCUACGUUUCGCAUGGAUCACCAGCUCUGGCCGUAGAUGAUUCCAUUCCGGCGUGGAAGUUCUUCACUUCUUGGAAAGAGCGGUUUCCGACGCCACCCUCCGCCAUUCUCGUCGUCUCCGGCCACUGGGACACCCAUGCUCCCACCGUCAACGUCGUUGACCGAAACGACACCAUCUACGACUUCUAUGGCUUCCCCAAAUCCAUGUACAAGUUGAAGUAUCCAGCACCUGGGGCACCACAGUUGGCGAAGAGGGUGAAAGAGCUUUUAAUAGGAUCAGGGUUUGAGCAUGUGAAUGAAGACAAGAAACGUGGGCUUGACCAUGGUGCAUGGGUGCCAUUGUUGUUGAUGUACCCAGAAGCAGACAUACCAGUGUGUCAACUCUCACUUUCAUCCAACAAAGGAGGCACCUACCACUAUAACAUGGGAAAGGCUUUGGCCCCUCUCAAAGAUGAAGGUGUUCUUAUCAUUGGGUCUGGGAGUGCCACCCAUAACCUCAGAGCAAUUGGGCCUCGUAAUAGCCCACCUGCUCCAUGGGCUCAAGCUUUUAUGACCUGGCUCAAAACCUCUCUUCUUGAAGGAAGGUACGAGGAAGUGAAUGAAUAUGAAGAGAAGGCCCCAUAUGCAAAAAUGGCUCAUCCCUACCCAGAUCAUUUCUUCCCACUGCAUGUGGCCAUGGGUGCUGCUGGUGAAAAUGCAAAGGCCAAAAUUGUUCACGAUAGUUGGGAUGCUGGUUCUUUUUCUUAUGCUUCUUUCAGUUUUACAACUGCUAACACUUAAUACCACAUUCUUCACUCUUCUCUUCAUAUAUAUGUUACAAAAUUCCUUCAAAUUACAACAAAUACAUUGUUAUGAUCAAUGGGGACAUGUAAUGAUGUGAACUUGGUGUUUGUUAAUUAUAUCAUCUUCUUUCAUCU